AUGCGAACAUUCCACCGCCUCCUCGCUUCACAUGGCAUCCCAAACAAGGUGAAAUCUACUUUAGCUCUUCUCCCACCAAUCCCGCUGUACCGGCGGCUGUUUAGGGCGCAUAGGAAUAAAUUGGGCCCUAUGGAACGGUUCUUCGGGGAUGAGUAUAUCAAGGCCGAGUUCAGGCGCCAUAGGGAUAUUGACAACCCGCUGCAGAUCGUGGGCUUCCUGAAGGAGUGGCAGCUAUAUGCGCAGAAAAUCGAAGGCGAUACAUGGCGGGAUGAGAAGCUGGAUGAGGAGAAGUUGAAUAAAAUGAGCGAUCAGCAGGUCGGACAGCUCUACGAAUUAAUGAAAGCCAUCAAAAAUCCUCAUGGCGAUGGUGAACACGGAGAGGGAGAAGGGGGAAAUGCUCCCCCGGAGAAGAUAUAG